AUGUCAUUAGUAGCAUUGAAGAACGGUGUUACAAGCGUAUUAAACAAGAAGAAUGCAUCAGAUGAAGAGCUUGACAGAGCAAACAGACUCUUGGACAACAAUAGCCUACCAUAUGGUUCAACAGAUAAUAAUACCAACGGUAACGACAGGGCCGCUGAAAUAGCAAGAGAAGAAGCAGUGAUACACGCAGCAGCUUCAAUUGCAUCGUCAUCAGCAAACAAAGAGGAAGAAGAAGCAAACACGGGUGUGUUGACGAAUUUUUUUAAUAGGUUUGACCCCAGAGUCAUGUCUGAUAUAAUCAUUGGUCUAAGUGAUGGUUUAACGGUGCCGUUUGCUUUAACUGCUGGUUUAUCCUCUUUAGGAGACUCGAAAUUGGUCAUUACUGGUGGUAUGGCCGAGUUGGUAUCAGGUGCUAUAUCUAUGGGUUUAGGUGGUUUCUUGGCUGCCAAAUCAGAAAGUGAAUAUUAUAAUUCACAAGUCAAAAAGGAAAAAUUAAGCUUCUUCAAGAAGCCAGAAACAGUCAAUCAAGAUGCUGCCGAGAUCAUGUUUGAACUAGGUGCAAGUGAACAAACAAUUAUAAGCUUUUUAAAAGAUUUGGACUCAAAGCCUAAGAAUUUAAUUGACUUCAUCAUCAGAUUUGGUAGAGGUUUAGAAGAACCAGCUGAAGGAAGAGAAUUCACAUCAGCUGUUACUAUAGGAUCAGCAUAUUUUCUUGGUGGAUUUGUACCCCUUCUACCAUACUUCUUUACCAAUGUCGUCAAAACUGGUUUAUUGGUCUCAGUAAUUGUUAUGUUGAUAACAUUGUUUAUAUUUGGUUUCAUUAAAACCUCCAUAUCAUUGGGCGAUGACUGUGGGAAUCACAAAAAGGUUGCCGAGGGCCUCCAAAUGGUCGCUGUUGGUUCAGUUGCUGCUGGCGCCGCUUGGGGACUUGUGUACCUUAUAGAUAGCUGA